AAAAGAAGAAAGGUUUUUUUUUUCUUGGGCAUAUCCCAAGUUUCCUUUUGUCUUUCCUUCUUUAUUUUUUCUUCUGGAUAUAAUUCUCCAAGAAGAGAACAAAACCCUUAUUUCUAAAACUCCAUCAAAGUUGAUCGUAAUGGGAAACUGUUUAGUCGGAAAGAAGAUUGCAAAUGUUGCUGAAGAAGAUGAUCGAUGUGAAGAAGUGAUAGCGAAGAAAGAUUACAAAGGGAAAGAUCGCAAAGUGAAGAUUGUUAUAACGAGAGAUGAGUUAGAGAAACUCAUACUUUUCCAGCUUAACGCAGACGGUGCAGCUAAAGGAGGAGAUGCCACGUCGGCUUCUUUUGGAGAUUUUCUAAUAGAACUCGAGGCGGAGAAAGUAGCCGGAGAAGCUGCGGCUGCGGCUGCAGAGGAAGAGAAGUCUCGCCGAAGAUUAUGUAGGAGGUGGAGACCGUCGUUGGAGAGUGUCAUCGAAUGGCCUGAAGAAGUAUAGUACUCUUUAUUUUAUUUUAUUUUCCUAUUAUUCAAGGUUUUCAAAUAUUUUAUUUUUCU